UUUUGACAAUGUCGAAAUUGGCCUAUCAAUUUUUCUCUUUUCGUUUAGCUUAGGAAGAUUAAACAUGGGUUUUGCAAAUCUCUGGUAUUCACAUCCUAGAAAAUAUGGUCAAGGCUCACGACAAUGUCGUGCUUGCUCCAACAGACACGGUUUAAUUCGCAAGUAUGGUUUGAAUAUAUGCCGCCAAUGCUUCCGAGAAUAUGCUAAUGAUAUUGGAUUCAAAAAGCUUGAUUAACUCGGUUAUCUACUUGGAAUAUCUACUUUAACCAAACUAAAAGCGAAAUGGUGGUUAUUUUGAAUUAAAUCAAAGAAUAAAAAAAUACAAUUCAAUAAAGACUUUUAUUUUUCAUAAA